CUGGGAGAAAUCAGGACCAUGUAUAAAGGCAUCGCCAAUGGCAACUAAUAAGCGCAAGGAGUCUCGUUUACCUAUUCCUGGGGUUGCAGAUUGGAAUCCUGCAGAGCCAGUUUCCUCUACGCUCGCAGCCAACCUUGCACCACACCUUUCAUCACAGGGUGAUGGGACGCUUGGUCUAACUAAGGAGGCAUUUUCGCAGCUCCGGCAUGAGUUGCUUGUGGGGAAAUAUAGUCAUCUUCAGCUUAAUGAUAGUAUCACUGAUGUUAAGAAACUGAUUUGCAUCGUGCUGAAAGCAGGUCUAGAGCCCUGUAUCAGAGAUGAUAGGUCGGAAUUGCAAGGUCAACUCCUGGACUGCUUGGACAUCGUCCAAAAUGCUGUUGACAAAGCCCCAUUAGCGCUUUUGGAGGUGCCAGAGCCAGAAGUUCUGGGAAAGGAUGCAGCAAGUCCCUUGUACUCGUGUCUAGUCGUCUGGCUAGUCCAUCUAUUCUCUACCUGGGACAGUGAGCCUGUCGAAGAUAGAAUCGGUGGCAUCCUCGCAAGUAUGUUCAACGCUUCACACAAUCAUACGAAGCUAUGGUCUACGUUUGUUGGUAUUACUGCCUUUGUUCGGGCCUGCACUACUGAACUCCUUGAUGCUCUUGACGCCUCUCAGUCUCGAGCUCGGCUUGUGGCCGGCUCCCCUGUAGUAUACCCGAAGCAGCCCUGUACUUUGGAUCUUGACAGACUUGGCCUGCGCUGUGGAUCUCUGAAGAAAUUGAUCAGACUUGAGAGCUGCGCUCAAACAGUCCGUCUAUGCCUUGAUAUGCUCACAUCUACAAUCAAUGCUCACGUUUCUUAUAAUAUCCCCUCUAAACGACAGGAUUUGGCAUGGCUCUCUAAUAGUUAUCGGCGCUUGUGGAAGCUCGCUGUGCUUUGGCACUCCAAAUCAGAUACUGAGGACGUCGCAAACCAAGUGCCAACCUUUUCACAGUUCCUGAGGUUCAUAAAAAGAUAUUGUGACCAUGUUCCACAUACAUCAGCGAAACAGAGGCUAGCAUACAUUUUCCUCCAGACAUUCGCAGAAACCUUUGCUCUAGAAUUGCUAAGCCAGGCUUCUGUUCUCCAAUUAAGCCUAAGCCAUGCCAUUGACAGCUUCACUAAGGCUUUCACAUCCGAAAAAAAUAUAAUGCAAUCAAUGGGGGCUACUGUGCUACCUAUUAAGAGUAACCUCGCAUUGUUCAGUUCAUUCGAUACUUGUCUUCAGGCUGCGAUCGAAUGCUCCCUCGUACAUUGUCCCAUGACUUACAAUUCCAACGCGAAAGGUGCAGAGGCAGCUUUCUGCGGGGGGCAUUCAACGGAAUUGGUAGCUAUUCACGAAUUCCCGGGUUCUGACCACUCUUCCAUUAGUGGUGUUGGGGCUGUCCGGAUGGCCAAACGUCGCUGUCUCCCGCGAUUGGAUGCCUACAGAGAAGGCCAAAAUGGGGCACAGAGGCUUAUAGCCAAGUCACUUGAACUACUUGGCUGUGAUCGGAGUGGCACCCUGGGGGAUCUGAGCUGUGCGGUUCUUACAUCAUACAUUGGACUAUCGGAGCCGGACAAACUAAGAUUCUUAUGUGUUCUGUGCAAUAUCCCCUGUGCAUUGUCUGGAAACCUGGUAGAUAUGUUGAAUGUCGAUUCAAAGGACAGUUUCAACUGUAGAAUCUGUGACUCCAAAUGCCAUGAUAUCGAACCAGAAAGCAAUUCCAGCAUUGUCAAGAGCGAUGAACUAUGUCAGAUCUUGAAUCACAUCAUUUCGAACCUUUCACGGACUGCAAACCUGAGAAUAGCUGCGACAGUUGCGUUAAGAAGGACGUUGAUGCAUACUUCCGACCCAGCUCAUAUGCAGCUUGCAUCUUCUGCUUUCGGCGAAUUUUGCCUCAAUUCUCUCAGGAGCUCUGUCAGAGAGCUACGUCUUACUACAGGACAUUCGAUAACCUCGUUCGUUCGUAGAGAUCUCGACCACGAAACCCGACGAGGUAAUUUCAUUGUCAUUCUGGACUGGUUGCGGAGCCUCUCUGAGAAACAGGAGACGCCAUUACAUGAGACAUGUAUUCUUACUUUAUGUCAUCUGGCGCAGUUUUCUAACGACGAAGAGAUGAAUAUCAUACUUCUUCGUCUGGUAGAGUACCUUGGACAUCCGAACCCGUUUAUAGGGGCGGUGGCUUAUACCGAACUCUCAGGGCUCGCACAACAUCUUUCUGUCACUCCGGCCGCCUUGUUCAGGCCUUUUUGGAGGACCUUGUCAGUGACCGUUGUGAGAAAUUUUCAGUCUCGCCCCUACAUGGCAGAACAGCUCUGCGACCUCCUGGGUAUGAAAGUGGAUGACUUCCUCAGAUUGACAGAGACCUAUGUCCUUCCAUAUCUGGUACUUACCCGGAAGCGCGAUGUGAUCAUCAGAGUUGGGGCAACGUACAAGGACGCGAAGACACCAUUCGAUAUUUGCUCAGAGAAGAACAAUCUUGCAUCGAUACUCGCUUUUUUGCUGAGCCAACCAUCGCCGAAUCCAGAAGAAUCCGUCAUGUCCGCUUUGUCGGAAGUUGAUGCUGCCUUUAGGGGCCGUACUCUGGCUGAGCUUUUGAGGAUUGAGCCGAUACUGAUUGCCUGUGACCUACUCAAAGGCCUUGGCGACUUGGGGGAGGACAAAGGCAAGAGGUUUCUCCGCGCACUUCAUCUUUUAGCCGUCCUUGUUCCACGAAAGUCAGGUCACACACCAAGACGAGCGAACCUUAUAGGAUACUUCAUUGAGGAGCAUGUCCUUGGAAUCAUUACACAGUUCGCUCAUGCUGUAAAUGACUUCCAAAUCAGACAACCUCUGAUUGAGAAAAAAAGGAACAUUGCAGCGAUUGGAGAGAUGAUAAAGGUUGCUCGUGGCCAUAUCAGUAGCGCCUUACCUCAGAUAUGCGCAUGUUUACGAGCUGCUCUUGAAAUUCAAGAGCUGUGUAAUAAUGCAUUCAUCGUCUGGAGAGUCCUGAUCAUUUCCCUGCAAGAAGAGGAAGUUGAGCCCCUUAUCGAUCAGACACUAUCAAUUGUGAUCAGAUACUGGGACAUUUUCACUGAGGAUACAAGGAAGCAAGCGUACGAACUCGUUGAUUACAUCAUGCAGUCUCACCAUGAGUUGGUAUGCGAUAUCUUCAAUACCAUGCCCUCGCUAGCUUCAAUUCCAAUACUCGACAAGCAUGAAGCCACGCUUAAUAGCAUGAAAGAGAAGAUGGAUGUACGAAGCCAUUUCCUUGCAUUCAUUCGUCGUUGUCAAAGUGAUACUGCAACGGUUGUUGAGCAAUCCUUGCAUGAGCUAGUUCCUUAUCUCUCCCAGAAUGAAGAGUUCAUUCAUAGAUCUGUUCUCAGUGAGAUUCCAGAUCCAGUUGUUGCACAGCUAACACGGUCAUUGCUCGAUUGUUGUGUGAAAUUUAACACUAGCUCGGAUGUUAUAACCAAGUUAUCGGCUGAAUGUCUAGGCUUGAUCGGCUGUCUUGACCCUAACCGAGUGGACACGGUGAAAGAAAAGAAAGGGAUUCUGGUUUUGUCUAACUUCGACAGCAUGGAAGAGACCUUUGACUUCAUACUUUUCUUCCUCCAAAACGUGUUAGUCGAGACGUUCCUAUCAGCUUCAAAUACUAGAGCUCAAGGAUUUCUUGCAUAUGCGAUGCAGAACCUACUCAGGUUCUGCGGUCUUGAUUCAGCCGUGGCCAAUCGAUCGCGUGACUUCCGAGCCGAUGAGAAAUAUCAACGCUGGCUAGAGCUACCUGAAACUGUUCGCAACAUUCUAGCUCCUUUCCUUACCUCAAAGUAUACAGUUACCAUUGGGACCCUAAACACUAACUGCAGCUAUCCCUUGUUCACAGCUGGAUUGACACAUGGCAACUGGCUACGGACCUUUGUGCAAGAUCUAUUGCAAGCCGGGAACGGUGACAAUGCGAAAUUAGUAUUCAGUGUUUGCAGCCGCAUUGUGAAAGGCCAAGACAUCUCAAUAGCAUCUUUUUUGCUGCCAUUCGCGGUCCUUAACCGUACGGUUUCUGGGAGCCCACAAGAGAAAGAAGAUCUACGCUGUGAGCUAGUGAAUGUCCUGUCACACCCAUUACCAGACACACACGACUAUGUGUAUGAGAACAUCAUAUUGUGCAGUCAGAGCAUUUUCGAGGUCCUCGACUACCUUUCAAGGUGGCUACAGGGCAAAAAGAAACAGAUAAAUGGUCUCAGGAACCCCAGCCAUCCUUCAAACCGUAACCACAAGGGAACAUCUCGCGAUGCUUUGUUAGACACCUACCAUUCGCAAGCCAAAGCUGUCGAGAUACUUCUGAGUUCGAUACCUCCAGAGGUCAUCUCCAAGAGGGCUGUUGAGUGCAAAUCAUUCUCACGGGCUCUGUUCCAUUGGGAGCAAUACAUCCGACAGUGGAAAAACCAGCAUUCUAAGCAAGGAGGCGCCGCCGUCGAACCUCUCUACCAGCGAUUACAAGAUAUCUAUAGCCGGAUCGACGAACCAGACGGUAUCGAAGGAAUUUCAAGCCAUCUGCACGUGUUAAACAUCGAUCAGCAGGUACUUGAGCAUCGAAAGGCAGGAAGGUGGGCUACCGCACAAAGCUGGUAUGAAUUGCAACUUGAGAAAGAACCAAAUGAUAGCGAAGCACAGUGGGGUCUACUCGCAUGUCUCAAGGAAUCUGGACAACAAGAUGCCAUUCUCACGCGGUUCGAGAUCUUGAAAGCAAAUAAUUCAUCUAGAAAGUUUCUGCCUUUUGCAGUAGAAGCGACCUGGAUCACAAGUAAUUGGGGAAAGCUAAAUGAGUAUCUUCAGCAGCUCUCGCGGUUGGGUAGGGGGGAAUUCAAUAUUGAGAUUGGAUUGGCCCUCAAUGCUUUCCGGCAAGGCAAGUAUACGGAAUUUUGGGAACAUAUAGAGGCCUUACGACUCAGUGUGGCCAAGUCCCUAACAGCCAACUCCGUGGUUUCGUUGCAGUCAUGCCAUGAUAGCAUUCUCAAGCUACAUACUCUACACGAGGUAGAGUCUAUAGCUCGCGCUAAAUUUGAGGAUAGUGAGAGCAAUGACUCGCGCACAAAGCUACCUGAUAUACUGGAUCGACGUUUGGAUAUCCUUGGGGGCUACAUCUCUGAUAAGCAAUAUCUCUUAGGCCUCAGAAGGGCUACGAUGGAGCUAACGAACGAAUUUACCGAUUCCGACAUAGCCGCUGCUUGGCUAACUAGUGCACGUCUGUCGCGCAAAGGCAACUUCACCAAUCAAGCCUACCAGUCGAUGCUACAUGCGGCUCGUCUUAACGAUCGAUCUGCCACUAUUGAGCACGCACGGCUCCUCUGGAAAGACGGUCAUCAUCGAAAAGCAAUACAAACACUGGAAGGCGCAAUUACUGCUAAUGAGUUCUCGUCAGAAACAGCCACAUCUCAAGAGCGUACCUCAUCGCUAAUUGCAAAUAAUGGUGAACAUCAAAAUAUGCUCUUGGCUCGAGCACAUCUGCUCCUGGCCAAGUGGACAGACAGGGCAGGACAAACACAAUCAGAUGCUAUCGUCCAGAGAUACAGGGAAGCUAUAAAGCUCCACCCUAGGUGGGAGAAGGCUCAUUACUACCUAGGCAAGCACUACAACAAAAUCCUGGAUUUGGAAAAAGCAAAACCUCUGGGAAAGGAAGCACAGAUCUACUUGAGUGGCGAGGCCUCAAAACUAGUUGUUGACAAUUACCUCCGGUCAUUGGCCCAUGGCAACAAAUACGUAUUCCAGUCCUUGCCCAAAAUCUUGACACUCUGGCUAGAACACGCUUCUACCGUCGACCAGCCGUUUGAUCCAAAGAGAGGCGACAACGAAGAUUUCCAAAAGCACACUCUGAGUCAGCGAAAAAAGAGCCUCGAUGAUAUGCAUACACAACUCAAGAAAUAUGUGAACAGGAUCCCGGCUGCUCUGCUCUUCACCAUUCUCCCUCAAGUUGUUGCUAGGAUAUGUCACCCAAAUACGACAGUAUACGACUUAUUGACCAAGAUCGUAGCCAGGGCAGUUAACUCAUUUCCCCAACAAGGGCUAUGGACUGUCCUCGCAGUGGUUAAGUCCUCUUCCAAGGACCGGGCAUCCAGAGGAAUAAACUGCCUGCAGAAGAUUACGGAAGUCAACAAGAAACUGAAAAAUCAGCCAUCGUCAGAUAUGCGUGGCAUGAUAAAUCAAGGACAGAAGUUCUCAGAGGAAAUGCUAAGGUUGUGUAUAGCUCGCAUCGAAGACAAAGUCCUGAGAGUCAGUCUGCGUGAUCUGAAGUUCAGUCAUAAGGUGGCGCCUUGUAGGCUUGUGGUGCCGUUCCAAGCAAUGUUAACGCCGACGCUACCAGCCAGCCAUAAACCUGAAUACCUGAAAGGUUUCAGGGCCUUCCCUAGGGAUCCUACGACUAUUGAAGCCAUACUGGACGAUGUGCAGGUCUUGAAUUCUCUCCAGAAACCACGAAGGAUAGGGAUCCGGGGCUCAGACGGAAAAGUAUACAACAUUCUGUGCAAACCCAAGGAUGACCUGCGCAAAGAUCAACGGCUCAUGGAAUUCAACAACAUGAUCAAUCGGCUCUUCAAAAAGGAUGUGGAAUCGAGUAAACGACGGAUGUAUAUCAAAACGUACGCUGUGACACCGCUGAACGAAGAAUGCGGGCUAAUCGAAUGGGUUGAUAACCUUCGUACUUUGAGGGACAUUGUUAUCAAGCUCUUGAGAGAGAGAGGCAUCGCGCCAAACUAUAAUGAGAUCAGACACGACCUGAACGAAGCAUGCUCCGACAACUCAAAACUCCAUCUUUUCACAACAAAAGUUUUGUCAAAGUUUCCUCCAGUUCUGUAUGAAUGGUUCAUUGAAAUGUUUCCUGAAGCAGGAUCAUGGUUUGCUGCCAGAAUUCGCUAUACUCGUUCCUGUGCUGUCAUGUCCAUGGUUGGGCAUGUCCUAGGGUUAGGUGAUCGACAUGGUGAAAAUAUACUGUUCGAGGAAGGCACGGGAGGUGUUCUACAUGUCGACUUCAAUUGCCUUUUCGACAAGGGAUUGACAUUCGAUAUACCUGAAUUGGUUCCGUUUCGUUUGACCCAAAACAUGGUUGAUGCGUUCGGUGCCUAUGGAUACAAUGGUCCGUUCCGCAAGACAUGUGAAAUUAGUCUUGGUCUACUUCGCCACAACGAAGACGCACUCAUGACCGUUCUGGAGACGUUCUUGCAUGACCCUACCACGGACUUCAUCGGGAAGAAGCGUCGUACACAUGCCAAUGCCCCAGAGACACCUGCCGGUGUUCUAGAGAAUGUUCGCAACAAACUUCGUGGCCUUCUACCUGGGGAAUCAGUCCCCCUUUCGGUAGACGGUCACGUAGACGAACUAAUUGUACAAGCAACGGAUGUAAAGAAUCUAGCUGCUAUGUAUAUUGGCUGGUGCGCCUUUUUCUAGAGGUGCUUCUCGACACUGGCCCUGGUCCUGGGUGAUUUGUGAUUGCUGGAGCUAGAUUGCGGAUGACUUGGGUUUCCUAAAUUUCUCCCGUGCACAAGAUAACUUUACAUUAUU